GCGACGCCCGGCGCCGGCGCCCCGGGCUUUCGAAGCACGUGGCAGUCACCCCGACGUCGUCCGGUAGACGCUGCAGGUGCGCGUCGUUCGUUCAACGAGGGUGGCGCCGUCGGUGGUAAAGUCCUGACGAUGAGCGAACAGUCGCGCGCCGGCCGCUGCCAGGACUAGAUUCGCGUUAUCGUUUCGUGACGAUAAUUCCGAAGCUGCAGCACGGAUCGAAACGCGUGUGUGAAAAUACCGGAAGGACUGCGAUAAAAAAAAAAAAUUAACAAUAAAAAAAAAACCAUCGGUUUUGUCGAGGAGUUUAAGUUUCGUCUCAUUUGCUUCGCGCGCUGUAACUGUGAACGCGCAUUGAAAUAAUCGUGGAAAAAUUAUAAACCGGAAGUUCAUCGAGUCCCUUCAACUUUCUAUACCGAGGGGAAUAAAAAUUGGGUCGUCGGAGAAUAGAAGGUGGACGGUGGUGGCGGGGCUCCGUCGUCGUGUCGCAGGGUGAACGAAACGGAAGUGGUUUCGGGAGAAGCUGGCGAAGGGGUGGCGGAAGGCUGGCGGUCCGAGAUGAGCGAUGAGGGGGGGCCUGGGCUGCCUGCUAGCCUCCGUAUUCGUCGUCCAUCUCGUCAACGUGAGCGGGCUGCCGCCCGUCGUGAAAAUCGGUGCCAUAUUCACUCAUGACCAAAAAGAUAGCAGUACGGAACUGGCGUUCAAGUACGCGGUCUACAAAAUCAACGAGGACAAGACCAUUUUACCGCACACUACCCUGGCAUACGAUAUCCAAUACGUCCCCAAAGAUGACUCGUUCCACGCGUCGAAAAAAGCCUGCCAGCAGGUCAAGUUCGGAGUCCAGGCCGUCUUCGGACCCUCGGACCCGAUACUCGGACAGCACAUUCACAGCAUCUGCGACGCCCUGGACAUACCGCAUCUGGAGGCGAGACUCGAUCUGGACGCGGAGGCUAAGGAGUUCAGCAUUAACCUUCACCCGGCGCAGACCCUCCUCAACACCGCCUAUCAGGACGUCAUGGCUUUCCUCAACUGGACCAAGGUGGCCAUCGUAUAUGAGGAUGAUUACGGACUUGUGAAGUUGAGGGAACUCGUGCGAUCCCCGAGGUCUCAGGAGAUGGAGAUUCAUCUGAGACAGGCGGACCCGGAGUCUUACAAGCAGGUCCUCACCGAGAUCAAGACCAAGGAGAUUCGCAAUUUGGUCGUGGACACCAAACCCCAGCACAUGCAUCACUUUCUGCGCACGAUUUUACAACUGCAAAUGAACGACUACAGCUAUCACUAUCUCUUCGCGACCUUUGACAUUGAAACGUUUGACCUCGAAGACUUUAAGUACAACUUUGUGAACAUGACCGCGUUUCGCUUGGUCGAUGCUGACGACGUCGGUGUACGAGGAGUCCUUAGGGAUAUGGAAAAAUUUCAGCUCGCCGGAAACACGAUCCUCAACAAAUCUCGAGUAAUACAGGCCGAGCCGGCUCUUAUGUACGAUAGCGUACAGGUGUUCGCCGUCGGUCUGAGGACGCUGGAACAGUCGCACGCCCUUCGUCCCGCAAAUUUAUCUUGCGAACUUGAGCACCCGUGGGACGGAGGACUUUCCCUCAUCAACUACAUAAACUCCGUCGAGCUGAAGGGGAUAUCUGGACCAAUAGAAUUUAAGGAAGGUCGCCGAAUCCAGUUUAAGCUUGAUUUAUUGAAGCUCAAACAACACUCGCUUGUAAAGGUAGGAGAAUGGAGGCCAGGUGCCGGCGUUAACGUUACGGAUAAAGCAGCUUUCUUCGAGCCAGGAAUCGCCAACGUGACGCUGGUCGUCAUCACGAUUCUGGAGACACCGUACGUGAUGAUGCAUUACGAGAAAAACUAUACAGGGAAUACAAGAUUUUACGGAUUUUGCGUGGAUCUUCUUGAGGUUGUGGCUAAGGAGGUUGGAUUUUCAUAUCGUCUGGAGCUAGUACCGGACCGGAAGUACGGAGCGAAGGAUCCAGAAACCGGCGAAUGGAACGGCAUCGUCAAUGAACUCAUGCGACAUGAGCAGCCAUACGUGAUGCUCGGUACGCAGAGUAACUUCACAGGGAACGCUAGAUACGAAGGAUUCUGCAUCGAUCUAUUGAAGGAGAUCGCCAGGAUGGUCGGCUUCACUUACAGGAUCGAACUAGUGCCCGACGGAAAGUACGGGGUUUACGACUAUGAGACCGGGGAAUGGAACGGGAUCGUUCGUCAACUGAUGGACAAGAAAGCGGACUUGGCCGUGGGAUCCAUGACGAUAAACUACGCGAGGGAAAGCGUCAUCGACUUCACAAAGCCGUUCAUGAACUUGGGAAUAUCAAUUCUGUUCAAGGUUCCGACGAGUCACCCCGCGAGGCUAUUUUCCUUCAUGAAUCCGCUGGCGAUUGAGAUCUGGCUUUACGUACUCGCGGCGUACGUUCUGGUCUCGGUUACGAUGUUCGUCGUUGCACGAUUCAGCCCCUACGAAUGGAACAACCCGCACCCAUGUCACGCAGGUCCAGAUAUCGUGGAGAACCAGUUCUCUCUGGCGAACAGCUUCUGGUUUACCAUCGGCACACUCAUGCAACAGGGGAGCGAUCUCAACCCAAAGGCGACCAGCACGCGGAUCGUUGGUGGAAUCUGGUGGUUUUUUACCUUGAUCAUCAUAUCGUCUUACACGGCAAAUUUAGCGGCGUUUCUCACCGUCGAAAGGAUGAUAACGCCGAUCGAAAACGCCGAGGACCUCGAAGGCCAAACGGACAUCACCUAUGGGACUUUGGAGAGCGGGAGCACGAUGACCUUUUUCAGGGACUCUAUGAUCGAAACUUACAAAAAAAUGUGGAGGUUCAUGGAAAAUAAGAAACCAUCGGUUUUCGUACCCACGUACGAAGAGGGCAUUCAACGCGUUCUUCAAGGCGAUUACGCAUUCCUCAUGGAAUCAACGAUGCUCGAUUACAUCGUACAAAGGGAUUGCAAUCUCACGCAAAUCGGAGGACUUCUCGACAGCAAGGGAUACGGCAUCGCGACACCUAUGGGUUCCCCCUGGAGGGAUAAAAUUUCGUUGGCUAUUCUCGAACUUCAAGAGAAAGGCGAGAUCCAAAUGCUUUACGACAAGUGGUGGAAAAGUCCAGGGGAUACGUGCAUGAGGACCGAAAAAGGGAAAGAAAGUAAAGCCAACGCUCUCGGAGUGGAUAACAUCGGUGGCGUGUUCGUUGUACUCCUCUGCGGACUCGCCUUCGCAGUGCUAGUUGCCAUUUUUGAAUUCUGCUACAACUCUAAAAGAAACGCACCACCACCCUCUGAGCGACAACGCCCACCGCCGCCCCCGACGUGCUCUGGAUCUCUUCAAGGGAUUCCUCAAGCUACGCAACAGCAACAGCAGCAACAGCAGCAACAACAACAACAACAACAACAGCAGCAGCAGCAGCAACAAAAUCAAAAUCCCCAGGAGUCGUUAUGCUCGGAGAUGGCUCGUGAACUGUGCCUAGCUCUGCGAUGUAAUUCGUCAAAACGCCGAAGGCGUGGAUGUGAAAAAUGUUCAUCGCACAGGGGGUCUGGUUACCCUCCCGAUAAUUCUACCUCCACCCCGAUAAACGGAAUGAGGUCACAGAGGAGCAGCUUGGGGGGUGCCAUCGAUCUGCCACCCCAUAUACACAUGCAUCAUGGACUUUCGCACGACUUCGACGUCGAUUACGAUUGAAGCAUAAAAAUCCGAAGAAUUAAUUAUAUUAAUUAUCGGUUAGUUUUUACUGGAAUAAAAUCAAUUCAAUAUCGUUGAGCCAAUCAACGAAUCAGUCUGUAUUCUCAUCCGAAAUACAGUUAUGAUAUUAUAUAUCGGUAUAUUUGAUAAAAUUAUGAAACUUUAUCGGAAGCAGCCUUAUCCAUAGGUCGGAUAUACGGUAAUAUUUGAUUAUCGAUAGAUUUGUAAUUAUCAUUAAUUUCGACGACUAGAUUACGGGUUGCCGAGAACAUAGGUAGAUAGUUCGAAAGUUCUGUUUGUUGUACGAAUGCGAUCGGUAAGUGCUGUUGUUGAUUACGGCGAUCUUAGACGAUUUUCAAUGGUUCCUCCUUCCUUUACCGAUGGAAAAUUGUCUCCGAUUAAUAACCCUUAUCAAAUAGUAAUUGCCGAGAGCGUCGCGGCUGGUAUUCAGCUCACUGCACAGAAUUAAUCUUACGAUAACAUGUAUAAUUAAUAUUAGUAUUAUUACAAUAUAACGUCUAGUUGGAUAUCAAAUUUAUAAGUGUUAUAAGUAUAGUUAUUAUCCCUUCAAAAAAUCGAAUCGUACAUCCUCAAGACGUAUACAUAUUAUAUAUGUAAUGAGAAAGAAAAAGGAGAAAAUUAUGUGCAGCACCUGUAUUAUUAUUCAGAAUACGGUUAUUAAAAAUACAACUAUAUUUAUUGUAAAUACGUGGAUAUAAUUAUCGGUGUAUGAUAAAAUAAGCGAAGUGUCUAGUUUCUACUUGAAUAUAAAUAAUUGUAGUAAUGUAAGAUAAUUAUACCGCAGACGUAUAAUAAAUAUUAUUAAUAGGUAAAUGAUAAAUGAUGAAUGUUAGAUUUACAGAAUACAACUAAAGUGUUUGGUCAUUUAUAAUUGUCUGUCAGCACUGUGCAUAAUCUGUUGGGUCGAUCAUUAGCGAUAAAAGUCACACCACGUUAUAAGUAGCGGCAGAUCUUAAUCAUUUUUUCUUAUCAUCUCGUUUUACGAUCAAUAUUAUCAAUAUACAAUGCAGCAAUUAACGUUAAAAACCACAUACGUUGUCCCAUUGAAAGGUUUUCGACUAAAAGGAAUAAUAAAUUUCAUGUAAAAACCAA